UGAUUUUUUGUUGACAACUUUUGAUUGAAAAAAUAUUUCAAAAUUUAGAAUUCUAAUGAUAUGAAUGAGCAUAAUGAUCAAAUUUUGCAUGAUUUUAGGCACUUUUGCAUUGGCUAAAUCGAUUUCUGCUCAACUUUGCGUGCAGACGGACUCAUGCACCUGUCGCUUUGAUGAUGGGAAGGCGAGUGCCAAACUUGGGAUUGAAGAUGGGCUCAUUAAUCUACACAAAAUAGCAGACGAUGGUGAACCGGUGUUGUUUGAUGAUGACAAAGGGAAAAUUUAUUACUAUACACCUUGCAGCACUUACCCCUGUACAUCUAAGACUAAUUCAGCAUUGUGUUUGGCUCAUGAACAAGAUCUGGGAGAUUUAAAUCAAGUGAAAUUUUUUACCAAUAGAAGUUCUUCCUUAGAGAAACCUCAAGUAUCCAUAAUUUACCAUGUAGCUAAUUCUAAUAUAACCAGUCAAGUAGAUCUGAAGUGUAAAGAUAUAACAGAGUUUAAGUUUGAGAAGAUGAUCAAUUCUACAGCCUAUCUGUUUAGUCUAACAUCACCGUGUGCCUGUAUUGAUGGUUGUUUAAAUGGCCAUAGUAUUAGCACUGGGUCUAUCCUUGUCCUUCUCUCCUUCUCAGCUUUUAUCAUUUAUUUUGGAGUUGGAUGUUUGUACAGAAACGUUGUAUUGGGUGCAACUGGGCAAGAAGUCAUACCCAAUCAUUUAUUCUGGGCCUCACUACCUGGCUUAAUUAAAGAUGGUUAUCUAUUUUUUCUCAGUCCCUGUCUAGGAGAUAGAGCGUCAGAAAGAGUUUAUGAAAGACUUUGA